UAUUUCUUACCCCCAAACAUGAAAACCACGUAAAACAGUAUUGAAGCGGCAACCGCACACCUUUUCAUUUCAGUCCCAACUACAACUGCCAUGAGAAAAUGUGAUCACACAGUGUCAGUCAGAGCUCAUAAGUUUCUUCCACUUCAACUUUCGCCGGCGCUGCUCAUUCCUUCCGUCUUCCCAAUUUCCCGAAACUUCGAAACCCAUACAAUCAUCCCAUCAGAUUACUCCCAAAAAUCACUAUGAUUCCACGAUUCAGAUUCAACAACACCCAUUUCAUCAAGCUUUUCACAUCAAUCAGAACUAUCACCACCACCGACUCCCUGUUCCACCACCGCUUCUUAACUCCAGUUCCGUCUAAACCCCAUGCCGCCCCCCGCUCCGCCGUAUUCACCCUUUGGCUUUCCCAGAAACGCCAUAGUUGGAAAGGUGCCUCCGACUACGAUUACAUUAGGGCUGAUGUCAACUGUCCAAGGUGCUCCAAGCAAAUGCCUGUCAUCUUCUCCAAUCGUCCCUUGUCCAUUACCGGUCGGGAGACUGGCGUCUAUCAAGCUCUCAAUCUCUGCCCUAAUUGCAAAACUGCUUUCUAUUUUAGACCCUUGAAGUUGGUUCCUUUGCACGGAACUUUUAUUGAGAUUGGUAGGGUUAAGGGCGCUAGGGACUUAGAUCAUGAUGCCGAUAAUGAAUCAAAUCAACCUACCAGAGGAGAUAUUGGCGCCAAUUGUGCUGAUGAUUUUGCCUUGCCACCACGGCAGAAUGGUAGCUGUGGCGGUGGCGAUGAUAACCUGGGUUCGGUGGAGAGUAACGGUGUUCAUAAGGAUGAGGCCAGUUUAGGAAUGCAGUUGCUAACUCCUAAGGAAAUUUCUCUGGCGCUGGAUAAGUUCGUCGUUGGACAAGAAAAGGCCAAGAAGGUGCUUUCUGUGGCAGUAUACAACCACUAUAAGAGGAUAUAUCAUUCUUCAUUGCAGAAAACAUCAGGGCAAGGAUCGCUGGGUACUGAAUUGGAGAAUGAUGAUAAUGAAACUGUGGAAUUGGAAAAAAGUAAUCUGUUGCUAAUGGGUCCUACAGGCUCAGGGAAGACAUUACUCGCAAAAACCCUUGCUCGUGUGGUGAAUGUGCCCUUCACCAUAGCUGAUGCUACUGCCUUAACUCAGGCAAGUUAUGUCGGAGAAGAUGUGGAAUCGAUAUUAUACAAGCUCCUUCUGGAUGCAGAGUUCAAUGUAGAAGCAGCUCAACGUGGGAUAGUAUAUAUUGAUGAAGUUGAUAAGAUAACUAAGAAGAGUGAGAGCAUAAACUCUGGCAGAGAUGUAUCUGGAGAGGGUGUCCAGCAGGCACUGCUGAAAAUGCUUGAAGGAACCGUAGUGGAUGUUCCAGAUACAGGUGCUCGAAGGCAUCCUCGAGGUGAUACAAUUCAGAUGGAUACAAAAAAUAUUCUCUUCAUAUGUGGUGGUGCAUUUGUUGGCUUGGAGAAGUGCAUCUCUGACAGGCAGCAUGAUUCCUCAAUUGGAUUUGGGGCUCCAGUUCGUGCUAGCAUGAGAACUGCUAGACUGACUGAAGAUUUAGUGACAUCUUCGAUGCUCGAAAAUGUAGAAAGUAGCGAUCUUGUUACUUAUGGUCUCAUACCUGAAUUUGUUGGACGAUGUCCAAUUCUAGUGAGCUUGUCAGCUUUGGAUGAGGAUCAACUUGUCCAGGUUCUUACAAAACCAAAAAAUGCACUUGGGAAACAGUACAAGAAGAUGUUUAGAAUGAAUGAUGUUGAAUUACAUUUCACCGAGAAUGCUUUAAGGAUGAUUGCGAGGAAAGCAAUGAAAAAGAACACAGGUGCUAGGGGAUUAAGAUCCAUUUUAGAAAAUAUUCUGACAGAAGCUAUGUUUGAGGUUCCAGAAAGUAACAGCAUAAAGGCUGUUUUGGUUGAUGGAGAAUCUGUUGGAUCAGUGGAUGCUCCAGGCUGUGGAGCGAAAAUUCUUUGUGAUGUUGAUGAAUUAACGAAGUGUUCAAAAUCUGAAAUUAUUAGAAAUCUGAAGGGAAAUGAUAUGGUUGCCGACGAUGAGGGUCGGUUCUCAAAUGGAGUCGAGUUUCCAUCUGUAGCUAUGUGAGAUUGUAAAUGGCUUCUGCAGUUCAUGAUGUAAAUUUAUUGAACAAAUUAGUAUCAACAAUAAUGGUAGGUAAGCCUUCACUUUUGCAUUGAUUUUUUUUACUUGUAGAAAAAGGAGAAACAAACUAGAGAUGAAAAAGCCAUAAUAUAUUAUAAAGACAGAAUUAGGAGUGUAAAGUACGUGAUCUUAGUGAAUAAAACUCGAGAAUAAUGUUUUGCCAAA